UAAAUAAGAAACUAGCAGUUUAGUGACAGAAAGAAGCAGUUGGACAUUUAUAAGCAUACAGUAAGUGUGUUUGAUUGCUAUAGUAUAUAACAUUUCAUAGAGUGGGAUCACGGAAAGACAAGAAUUUACAAAAUUUAGAAGAAGCUGUUUAAAAGUUUAUCUGAGACAGGCAAAGAAAAAUAGACAUCAGCUUGGAAACCGCACAACCUAACCAGGUCCAUCUGGUCACAUCUGGAAAUACAGUUCAGCCAUUCGGAUCUAAUCAAAUGUAUUGCAGUCUUUCUGACGCCUCCCUGAUGGGAUCAGGUAAUGGGAACAAGACAAACCGUACGGAUGACAGCAUUGUGAGUAACGAUAUCUCUGUCACUUUUGGGGCCCUCAUCCUCAGCAUUGUCUUCCUUCUGGGCGUUCCUGGCAACCUCUUCAUUAUAUGGAGCAUCCUAGCACGUGCCCGCAAACGCUCCGUCACCACCCUACUCAUCCUCAACCUGGCUUGUGCAGACGGUUGUCUGAUGUGUCUGACGAUUUUCUUUAUAAUAUACCUAGCCAAGCAGAACUGGAUAUUUGGAAGUCUCAUGUGCAAGCUGCUUUUUUACUUGUGCAAUACAAACAUGUAUGCUUCUAUUAUGAUUAUUACGAUAAUGAGUCUACAGAGACUAGUGGCAGUGAUGUGGCCCACAUACUUGAAUGCCUGCACUCGUAGACGGACAGUAAUAGUUGUGCUUGGAGGCCUGUGGAUUGUCGUAUUUCUUUUGGCACUUCCUGCUUUGAUGUUCAGAGAAGAAAUUAAGAAUGACAAUGGGAAGAACCGCACUGUGUGUGCAACUCAUCACACGUGUCCACAGCAUGUGGUAUUUCAGUACACACUUGAGACAGUAGUGGGCUUUCUGGUGCCAUAUGUGAUCAUUGUCAGCAGUUAUGUGUGUAUCCUUCGCCGCCUCAGACAGACCAUGUUCAAGAGAAGGAUACGAAGUGAGAACCUCAUUCAAGCCAUUAUUGUGACGUUCUGCAUUUUUUGGCUUCCCUACCACUUUAUUAAUAUAGUGCAAGUGGUAGCAGCUCUUACACCAGAGAAAUUUCCACUCAAAAUUAGACUGGAUAAAAUCUGGCAGUCCAGCCGUGCUGUAACGUCCGCUCUGGCGUUUAUCAGUAGCUGUGCCAAUCCUAUCCUCUACACGUUUGCUGGACGCUCCUACAUCAAAGCAGAUGGUCUUGCAUUCAUGGCCAGACUCUUUGAAGGCACUGCCCUGGACUAUGGUGCACGGAAAAGCCCUCAGAACACAGAUGCCAUCAGGCUCUAAACCUCAUUGGAUCAGACACAUAAAAAUGAAUCUUGGACAAUAAAUUGUAUACUUUCAUCAGUUAGU